AGGCCGAAAUCACCUCUCUCUCUCUCUCUCUCCCACACACACAGCUUUUUUGGCAUUUUUAUGGAUUUGAAUUGAAUUGGUUUUGGUUCCUCGUGAGAACUCGAUGUUUAAUGUCACGGUGCUCCUGUCCAUCCGAAGGGAGAAAACCAUUAUUUUACUCACCAACCAAUACUCUGUUCUUCUGUUCUGCAAAAAAAGCAACGAAAGAAAAAGCGAAAAACUCUUCGGCCAUGAAUGCUCUCUUGCUUCAAUCACACCCAUUUCAUUUCCCUCUGUAUAUCUGUCGAAAUAAUUAACUCAUAGGAACUCGAGAAAGAAAGAAACAGAUACUAGAAAUCGAUUUGUCAUCAUGAAUGCGUCUUGCUUGCGCACCACCACUCUUCUCCUGUUUUAUUUCAUCCUCUCCUGCACGGUUUCUGCCGAUAACCUGAACUGUAAACAAUAACACAAGGGAAACACUCUUUCCCUCCAAAACCCGGCUCGAGUUUCUUCAAGAAUAACCUCAUUUAUCUAUCGUUCUCCAAAUGAUUAAGAACCCACUUGCUCAAGAUCCAGAAACCAUGCCUAUCUGGGAGUUUCUGAACAAGCUCAAGCGUCUGAAACCGCAUGAACCAUCCUUGGGGAUUCUUGGGUUUCUGUUUAUUACAGUAGUUUGUUUUCUCUCCUGUUUCUUUUACUUGGACUAUAGGAUUGUUACUAAAGGAUUCCGCGUUCACGGGCAGUCGCAAAGAUUUAUGUGGUUGGGUUUCGAUGUGACUGGUCGAGAUGAACGGGUAGGGUUUCUUGCAGAGGGUGGCGAAGGCUGUGAUUUGUUUAAAGGAGACUGGGUCUGGGAUGAACAGUACCCACUAUACCAGUCUAAAGAUUGCAGAUUUUUGGACGAAGGAUUCCGGUGUACUGAGAAUGGAAGGCCUGAUAACUUCUAUACCAAGUGGAGAUGGCAACCCAAAGAUUGCAACUUGCCCAGAUUCGAUGCAAAGAAAAUGCUGGAGAAAUUGCGGAAUCGAAGGCUGGUAUUUGUUGGAGACUCAAUUGGAAGAAAUCAAUGGGAGUCCCUUCUCUGCAUGCUUUCCUCAGCAAUUCCAGGCAAGGAUUCGAUCUAUGAAGUAAAUGGAAGUCCGAUUACUAAGCAUAAAGGAUUCUUGGUCUUCAGGUUCAGAGACUUCAACUGCACUGUGGAGUAUUACAGAGCUCCAUUUUUAGUGCUGCAGAGCCGGGCACCAGCUGGGGCUCCAGAAAAGGUGAAGAUGACUCUGAAACUGGAUAAAAUGGAUUGGAGCUCUGUACAGUGGAGAGAUGCGGAUGUCCUGGUUUUCAACACUGGUCAUUGGUGGAACUAUGAAAAAACCAUACGAGGGGGUUGUUAUUUUCAGGAAGGGGAAGAGAUCAAAAUGGAUGCGAGUGUAGAAAGUGCAUAUCAAAAGUCGAUUGAGACAUUAAUCAACUGGCUUGGUGGGGAAGUUAACAUGAGUAAGACCCAGGUCUUCUUUCGCACUUUUGCCCCUGUACACUUCAGGGGCGGGGAUUGGAAGACGGGAGGUAGCUGUCACUUGGAGACAUUGCCUGAAUUGGGUGCAUCAUUGGUGCCGUCAGGAUCAUGGUCCCAGCUAAAUAUAGUGAACGGUGUAUUGUUAGCACAUUCAAACAAGUCACAGGUGAUGCAGAUGGAUGUGUUGAAUGUGACCCACAUGACAUCUCGGAGGAAAGAUGGUCAUUUAUCCUUGUACUAUCUAGGAUCCAAGAUUGGCCCUGCUUCUCUUCAUAGGCAAGAUUGCAGCCAUUGGUGCUUACCUGGGGUCCCUGAUGCGUGGAAUGAGCUCCUCUAUGCGUUUUUCCUAAAACGGGAAGCUACUCGCACACACAGUUUAAGGGAACCUUCUGAGGCACAGAUCUGAUUCAUUGCAGAAAGCUUCCUGAAUGCAGGUGGUAAGGUUCAAUUUAAGGGAAAGAAUGGCAAAUCCUUAAAAUUAACUGCAGUUUCCUGCAAGCCCUUUACAAGAGUUGGAUGGGCAUGGAGUUUCUUGGAUGAACAUCUGAGAAGUGAGAAAGUACACAAGAACCAUGGUUUUCUAAAUCCAUGACAAAAUAUUGUCUUACAUGAGGUUAAGACACUACCAUUUUUUGAAGAGUUAGUGCCUAGUGGGGGUUUCUAGAUCCUGGAUUUUGACUAGAUGCUAGUGAGUUAUACAUAGAAGCAGCUAAGCAAAAGCAAGCUUAUUGGGGAAUGGGAAACACUGUAGAUAGAGAUACACAAUAGGUCUGUGUGACUGAUUCUGUCACAUCUUAUAGUUCCUCCAGAUAAAAUUACAUUACCAAGUUCUAUUUGAGAAAAAAAAAAAAAAAAAGAUUUUUCGUUGUAAGUUGUAUAGAGAAAGAUUGUUCCAUGAGAGAACUGGAAUGGUUAUUGAUGGGUUCCAAGUAUUGGGUCUAUUGGCUAUGGAGAAAAUCGGGUUGUAAUUAUCUUCUUUCUAAUACAAAGCGGGCGUUCUUUUC